UCACAUUCUCAAAAAUCUCAUCUUUUAUAGAGUUUUGAUUACUGGGUUAUUGAAAUUAACUUUUUUUUUGGGUAUUUCUAAAAACAAUAAAAAAGGAGAGACACGUUUCCACUCUUUGAAGCAAUUUUGAGAUCUGGGUUUUCCUUAAAAGAAUGGUCACAGUUAAUCUAGGGAUGCUUCAUUACAUUCUAGACCAUGUAUAUGGUGCAUUUGUGCAUAGAACAAAGAUAACUCCGCCGUUUUUCUCAAGAGGCUGGGGUGGAACAAAGCUUGAGCUUUUGGAGAGAUUGAUAAGCCAGCUGUUCCCUGAAGUUGAAGGCCAAAAUUGGCCUCCGAGCUUGAUUCAACCCAUUUGGAAAACAGUCUGGGACACCCAAAAUGCUUGCUUGAGGGAAGGUGUGUUUAGGACCCCUUGUGAUGAGCAGUUGCUGAAUGCAUUGCCACCUGAAAGUCACAAUGCAAGGGUUGCUUUCCUUGUCCCAAAAUCCGUGCCUCCUCAAAAGAUGGCAUGUGUUGUUCACCUUGCAGGAACUGGAGACCAUACAUUUGAACGGAGACUGCGUCUUGGUGGACCAUUAUUGAAACAAAACAUUGCAACUAUGGUGCUCGAAAGCCCUUUCUAUGGUCAAAGACGUCCAAUGCUGCAGCGUGGUGCAAAACUCUUGUGUGUUAGUGACUUACUUUUAUUAGGAAGAGCAACCAUUGAAGAGGCACGCAGCCUUUUAUACUGGUUAGACUCUGAGGCAGGGUUCGGAAAGAUGGGUGUGUGUGGACUUAGUAUGGGGGGAGUGCAUGCUGCGAUGGUUGGAUCACUGCACCCCACACCUGUUGCAACCCUUCCUUUUCUCUCCCCACAUUCGGCUGUCGUGGCAUUCUGUGAGGGUAUAUUGAAGCAUGCCACUGCAUGGGAGGCACUGAGAGAAGAUCUUGCAGCAAAAGAGGCUGCAAUGACUCUCGAGGAGGUGAGAGAACGAAUGCGAAACGUACUGUCUCUCACAGAUGUCACACGCUUUCCGAUUCCCAAAAACCCUAAUGCCAUUAUAUUUGUUGCCGCAACUGAUGAUGGUUACAUACCGAAGCACUCCGUGCUGGAGCUUCAAAAGGCGUGGCCUGGUUCCGAAGUGAGAUGGGUUACGGGCGGCCAUGUCUCAUCGUUUCUUCUUCAUAAUGACGAGUUCCGAAAGGCAAUUGUGGACGGGCUAAACAGAUUAGAGUGGAAAGAACCCGCCUUGUGACGGUGCAUCAAUCAUUCCCGGUAAAGAAAUGACUGCAUUUGAAUUAUUUUAGCAACAUGUAAAAUUCAGAAGAGAAGGGAAAGUGAUUUGUGAAUACAUUAUUUCCUCUUUAAUGUGCUUAUAAAGAUAAUAAAGGGUCAAAAUUGUUGAUGAAAGAA